UCUGUCAUCGUUCUGUAUCCGCGUGUGUACACGAUAUCUAAGGCAAUUCAUUCGUUAGAAGUGCAGUUACGAUAGGCAACGUGUCUCGGAGCUACACCGCCAGUUUACCACAUUCGUCGAUGUGGUUCGGGCUAGUCGGUUUCGUCCCACCGUUCGUUCGAGGAUUAAAAGCGCGGCUCGUCGCAUUACGUAUUGCCGGACGGGAAUUUAAAUGAUCGCUCGCUCAUUCGUCGUGUGAUACAAGCGCGUGCGCGUUCUCUCACUGUUUCGCGGAGCUUUGAAAAAAGAGAGGUAUACGCGAAUGGAUUACUUGUUGAAUGUAAGUGAUAUAGUGCACGUGGAGCAAAAAGUGUAGAAACACGGGUCUGUUCAAACCGCUACGUUUUUCCUGAUCGCCGUUCAAUAACAAGGACUAUUUAACGGAAUCCAGAAUAGUAUUAUCUUCAUUUCCCAUAGGACCGCUUAAAGACUUGCUUCCUUUUUUGCUCCUUUUAACAAGUUUCGUUGGAAAAAGAUAAUAACAAUAAAAGAAACGUAAAACCGUUCAUACGUCAUGCACGAUCUUUCAAAAUUGGAUGGCGACGAUGUCGGGGCCAAACUGCUUGUGAAGAGAAAAGAUACACAGGCAUUCCGCGAAAGAACUAAGAGGGAUGCCCUGAACGAGCUCCAACAGGAGUUGCACAAACUCGAGGUGAGCGCGACAGGAGAGGACCAACAGGAGAUUCAUCGGCAAUUGGAAGGCUUCACUCACCUCUUCAAACGAUUUCUCCAAGAGGAAGGGCCUUCGCUACAAUGGGACGGCAUACAAAAGCUGCCCGACGAUGCGAUAAGAGAUUACAAUUCUUUGCCAACUCCGGAAGGAGAAGAAAUCAAAGCCCUUUUAAAUAAGUUAAUUGUUAUAAAAUUGAAUGGUGGAUUGGGAACUAGCAUGGGUUGCCAUGGACCAAAAUCUGUAAUAGAAGUACGCAACGGACUUACAUUUCUUGAUCUCACUGUACAGCAAAUUGAGUAUUUAAAUAAGGUUUAUAAUGCGAAUGUACCUCUUAUUUUAAUGAAUUCCUUUAACACGGACGACGAGACGCAACGGAUUAUCAGAAAAUACAGAGGAAUAGAUGUUGUUAUUCAUACAUUUAAUCAAAGUUGUUACCCUCGUAUUAACAGAGAUUCCCUACUUCCAAUUGCAAAACACUGUGAUAUUUCUGAUGAUAUUGAAGCGUGGUAUCCUCCUGGCCAUGGAGAUUUUUAUGAAAGUUUCCGAAAUUCGGGUUUAUUGAAAGAAUUUAUAGAAGAGGGUCGCGAAUAUUGCUUUAUUUCAAACAUCGAUAAUUUGGGUGCUACUGUAGAUUUCAAAAUUUUGAAAUUACUGCUAGAUAAGCGUGAAGCAUCACCUCUUGAAUUUGUUAUGGAAGUUACUGAUAAAACUCGAGCCGACGUUAAGGGUGGAACGUUAAUUAAAUACGAGGAUAAGCUCCGCCUUCUUGAAAUCGCACAAGUUCCAAAAGAACACGUAGAUGAUUUCAAAUCUGUGAAAACAUUUAAGUUUUUCAAUACAAACAAUUUAUGGAUAAAACUCAGCGCUAUUGAGAGAGUAUUGGGAAAAAAUUCUUUGAACAUGGAAAUUAUUGUCAAUGAUAAAACUUUUUCGAAUGGUUUGAAUAUCAUUCAAUUAGAAACAGCUGUAGGAGCUGCAAUGAAAUCAUUUGAAGGAAGUAUCGGUAUUAAUGUUCCGCGCAGUAGAUUCUUACCAGUGAAGAAAACUUCAGAUUUAAUGCUUGUUAUGAGCAAUUUAUAUACUCUUCGCAAUGGUUCAUUAGUAAUGAGCCCUCAACGAAUGUUCCCUACAACACCUCUUAUAAAAUUGGGCGAUAAUCACUUUGCAAAGGUUAAAGAAUUUCUAACUAGAUUUCCAACUAUACCAGAUCUUCUGGAAUUGGAUCAUCUUACAGUGUCUGGUGAUGUCACUUUCGGAAGGGGUGUAACUCUUAAAGGGACUGUGAUCAUUAUUGCCAAUCAUGGAGAGCGUAUUGAUCUUCCAUCAGGUACAAUUUUAGAAAACAAAAUAGUUUCUGGUAAUCUACGUAUUUUGAAUCACUAAAUAACAUAUAAAACAUUUAUCUGUUGCUCUUAACACUUUACCUGCGGGCAUUUUCGGCGCGAGCUUACGCGAUAAUAUCUGUCGUUUCGUCACUGUUAUUAUCACAAUCUGACAAACAAUCAGUGUAUAAAUCCUCGUCCUUUCUCUUGCGCGCUAUGUAGGUAUUUAAAUUUUUAAAUUAUGCCGUAAAAUAUGUUACAAAGAAUUUCACUGCACAACGCAAUCUGAAAUGGCUGAAAUACUAAUUCCAAAUGAAAAGGACUAUACCUACCUACCAUGUUCGAUAUGUGCUUUAAACUGUCGCGGUAGGCGCCACCCAACCUGCGGUAUGCGAAUGGGUUUCCCUUGUCCUAUGGACAUACGUGAUACGUAUCACGUAUACGUGACUCCCGCAGGUAAAGUGUUAAUAUAAAAACCAAGAAAGAAAUGCAUAUAGUGUACAUUCAUUUAUAAAUAA